AUGGCAGACACCCUGACCGAUCCAAAACUUGAAUUAAUUAAAUUGGCACCCUACAUCUAUUUCAGUGGCAAAGGGAUCAACGAUUUUGGAUUCUAUGAAGACUGUACAAAUUAAUACUAAUAUGCGGUCAUACAAUUCUUUGUUCCUACAACUCCAGCCUCUGUCAACAUUGGAAUUUGCUUUACUAAAUAAUGUUCCAUCUCAGACAUCAAUUCCUCAAUUUAAACACUGAAAAAAUGGAUCCUGCCAAUCGCCUAAGAUAUAUCAUAGGUUGAUCUAACCGAGUAUGAACUCAAAUUUCUGGAUUCACAAGUCACUCCUUAGCCUUAAUUUGCUACCUAUAUACUUAUAUCAUGUUUGAUAGGAUUCCUUAUGUUAUAAGUAUACUUCACAUAUUUUCAUAAAAAAGACAUGGAGGUUCCUCAAUAGCAACUCUAAUAAGAGUAUGAAUAAAGAGAUAUCUAAGAAGUGAGCACUUAUUUCGAUGAAGAAUAAUAAUUAAUAAAUCAUGCUAAUAAAACUAAAUAAAAUAGGAAAGGAAUACAAUUAAACGAAUUUUAUGAACUUUAUCUAAAUUUGGACUUAAAAGACAAUUAUCAAGAAUGUUGUAAACCAUAAGAGUCUAGAUACUCAUCAUUAAAUGGAAUUCGUGUCUUAGGAUUUCUUAUGUGUGUUUUUGGAAACACAGGAAUCUCAAUGCUUUUACAAUGUGAUUUUUAUUAAGUUUAACAUUACAGCAAACAUUACAUCUUGUUGAUAGUCUUUGGAUGCAUCUAUUCUGUGGAAAUAUUUUUGUGGCUUUCUGGAUUUUUCGCUGUACUUUCACUCGUUAAAUUGAAUUGUCUCUAUUCCUUACUUUUGAGAAUAUGCAAAAUUUGGCCAUUGAUGGUCCUGAUCAUUCUGAUUAAUACACAAAUAAUCCCAUACUUAGGAGAAGGUCCAAGAUGGUUUUAUAUUGAGAGAUAUACCAAAUGUGGCAAAUGGUGGUAAAACAUCUUAUUUAUUAACAAUUUCGAUGAUGAAAAUUAUUGUACGCUUUGGUUAUGGCAAUUAUCACUGGAUGUUCAGUUGACAAUCUUAUGUGCCAUAAUCAUAAUAUUGUAUAAACGAAACAAAAUGGCAGCAAUAAUAUUGACAAGCAUUCUUCUUUUAGUUUCACAAUCUUAUGUCAUAUACACAUGUUUACAAAAAGAAUAUGGCAUCCCCUACUUUGCUGUAUUCACCACUGAUAUCUAUAAGGCAUUUUACUAUAGACCUUGGUUUAGAGCACCACCUUAUUUUGUAGGUAUGCUAACAGCCUUUUUUGUGAUCAAUUUCAAAAGAAAAUUGAAGCUUUGGUUUUAAAAUACAAUCCAAAUUCUUGGUUUUUUGAUAAUCCUCUAUUUAACAGUAGGUUGGUAUGAUGCUAUGUAAUUUGGUGAAGAUUUCUAUCCUAAAUUGUAUGCACAAAUUUAUGAAGGAGUAAUGAGAACUAUCUAUGCCAUAGGAAUCACUCUAUUUGUAUUGCCAAACCUAUUAGGAAAUAAUAAUAUAAUCUAUUAAUUAUUAAAUUACACUCCAAUCAAAUAUGUUGUGAAAUUUACCUUUGUUGGAUAUCUAUUACAUAUGUUGGUAGUUGAGGUUGUUAUAGCAUCAUUUUACCGAAGUUUGGAUUUCAAUAUCUAGAGUAUUGGACAAGUCUAUGUGGGGUGCGUUUUAAUUAUUUCUGGUUUUAGUUUUAUAUUCAGAUGGUUAAUCGAAUUACCAAUUUAAAUAAAACAUUCAGUUAAAGAAAAGUCUUAAUCUAAAUUAUAUGUGUAGAAAAAGAAUGUUGAUUUGAUUUGA